AUGCCGUCUUUAGUCAUCGUUCUUAACUGCCUUGCAUUGACCUUGGUGCUGUUGGUACAGGCGCAGACAGUCAACGACACCACCUUCGUCGGUCAAGCUCGAACCUCCGGCGACGUCUCGACAGCAGAAGAGUAUACUUGUUCCAAGACCAAGGACUGCAAGUUGGGAUGCUGCGGCCAGCUACGAGUAUCUACCUACCUAGAGAUCCGGGCACUGGUAUGGGCGUGUGUGGCCUGGGUCCAACAUUCUGUGGAAAAGGAUACAUCUCCACCUGUAACUACAAAAGCCAAUGUAACCCGGGAUAGGGAAUUAAACGGUCCAACGCAUCGACCUGCCCCUCGAACGUGUGUUUCUCAGAGUUCGGGUUCUGCGGAACCACACCGGGCUUUUGCGGCGGCAAGAUUGUGUCGUCUCCUGAAUGCGGCAGUUGCCAGCAGGACGUCGGAUGCCAUUACUAUUGGGUACUGCAAAGGCUGGAAUAUGGCCAAGAGGACUUGCAACACGAUGAAGCCGUCCGAGAUCCCCCUAGGCUACUACACCCACAUCUUCUACUCCUUCGCCCUCAUCGGCCCAAAGACCUUCCACAUUGUCGACAUGGACGCCGAGGUGGGCUCUCACUACAAUUCUGUCGCGGCGCUCAAGAAUAGGCAGUCGGGGUCGCAGGUGUGGAUAGCUAUCGGCGGAUGGGCCAUGCACGACCCGGGCCCCUGGCGUACCGCCUUUUCCGACAUGGCGCGGACAACGGCGUCGCAGGAUGCCUUUUUCCAGCCUUUGACUGCGUUUCUGACCCUCCACAGUUUUGAUGGAGUGGAUCUGGACUGGGAGGACCUUGGCUGCAUGGUCGCAGGCUGUGAGUUCACCAACGGCACAAAAGACGGCGAGUGCACCGGCACCCCCGGCGUCUUGUCGGUGGCCGAGAUCAACGAGAUCAUAAAGGACGGCGGCAAGGUGACGUACGACGACGCGGCGGCCGUCAAGAUUGUGACGUGGGACACAAACGAAUGGAUAUCCCUUGACGACGUCGAAACGCUCAAGAUCAAGCAGGACUAUGCCAAUCGGACGUGUCUUGGAGGAACCAUGAUCUGGGCUAUUGAUCUUGACGACGGAAGCAUAAUCAACGCUCUGGGCUCCAACCUCAAUCGUCCCAAGGCAAGUACUGCAAAGAAUGUGGUGGGUUGGAAGUGA